AUGGCUUUUGGCCAGUGUCUCGGCGAUCAACAAUCCUUGUUGCUCCAACUGAAAAACAAUCUCGUAUUCGACAGAGAGUUUUCGACAAAACUGGUGCACUGGAAUGAAAGUACUGACUGUUGUUUGUGGGAAGGUGUAACCUGCAGUGAGGGACGUGUUAUUGGUCUCGACUUGAGCAGCGAAGGAAUCUCCGACGAACUGGACGAUUCAAGCAGCCUCUUCGGUCUUCAGUAUCUGCAGAACCUCAGUUUGGCAAAUAACGACUUCUGGUUCCAGAACUCGACAUAUGAAAUUCCUUCUAAGCUCGACCGGCUGACGAAUUUGAUUUACUUGAACCUAUCACAUGCUGACUUUGGAGGUCAGAUUCCAAUUGUGAUUUCGCGCUUGACAAGGUUGGUUGUUCUUGAUUUAUCUAGGCGACCGUCAUGUCGAUCUGCUGCCUAUGAACGGUCAUGCGAUGAAUGGCCAUCGACAAAACUUGAGAAUCCAAAUCUUAAGAUGCUCGUUCAGAACCUUUCUGAGCUUAUAGAAAUUCAUCUUGAUGGCGUUAACAUAUCAGCACCAGGGAAUGAGUGGUGCGAAGCCUUGUCUUCUUCACUGCCAAAUCUGAGAGUGUUGAGCUUGUCAAAUAGUUAUAUUUCAGGCCCUCUUGAUCCAUCCUUAAUUAAUCUUCAGGCUCUUGUGAGUAUAAAUCUCGCAGAUAACAACCUCAAUACUUCAGUUCCAGAGUUCGUGGGAGAUUUCAAAAACUUGAGGUACUUGUUUCUUAGUAAUUCUUGGUUGUACGGCACAUUUCCAAAAAAGAUCUUCCAGUUACCAAUGCUUGAGAUUCUUGACUUGUCCCAAAAUGAUCUACUGGGAGGUUCAUUGCCAGAUUUUCCUUCGAAUGGAUCUCUCCAAACCCUUCUGCUCAGCAGAACAGAGUUUUCAGGUGUAUUGCCAGAUUCUUUUGGUAAGCUUACAAUGUUAUCCACAAUAGAUCUUAGCUAUUGUGAUUUCAGAGGAUCGAUCCCAGAGUCAAUGGCAAGCCUCACUCAGUUAGUUUAUUUGGACCUCUCAUACAACCAUUUCAGCGGACCAAUUCCAUCGUUCAACAUGGCCAAGAAUUUGAAGGAAAUACAUCUUUUUAAUAAUGAUCUUACUGGCCAUAUUACUUCCACUGACUGGGCCAUGUUUCAGAAUCUAGAAAUUCUCGACUUGCAGAACAACUUCCUUACGGGCAUUAUUCCGGUUUCUCUGUUUUCCCUUCCAUUACUUCGGAGAUUAAUACUUUCAAACAAUAGUUUUUCUGGUCAACUCAAUGAAUUUUCUAAUGUUUCUUCAGACCAACUGAUUGAAGUUUAUUUGGAUAGUAACAACUUGGAAGGGCCAAUUCCUAUGUCUGUCUUUGAACUUCGAGGUCUUCGGUUCCUUACACUUGCUUCAAACAACUUUAAUGGUUCCUUGAAACAUGAUGAUAUGAUUCAACAAUUGAGUUCUCCCAAAAAUCUUGAUCUUCCGAGUCAGUUAAAAAAGUUUCCUGAUUUCUUGAGAAACCAAUCUAACUUACACCACCUAGAUCUUUCCAACAACCAGAUUCACGGAGAGAUACCCAGCUGGAUUUGGAUUCCUACUCUUAACUACUUAGAUCUCUCUCAUAACUACUUUGUGACUCUACAAGGACCUUUAACCAAUGCUUCUGGGAUAUACUCUCUGUACCUUCAGUCUAACCAGCUCCAGGGGCCAUUGCCAGUUUUCACAGUAGAUGCCUCUGUUUUGGAUUUUUCAAGGAAUAAUUUCAGCUCUAUACCAACUAACAUUGGUAACAUCCUUAGAAAUGUUGAGUUCUUGUCUCUUUCAAGCAAUAAACUCAAUACAAGUAUCCCUGGAUCAAUAUGUAAUAUCUCAGAACUCCAAGUUCUAGAUAUGUCGAACAAUUCCGUGAGUGGAACUAUCCCCCACUGCUUGUUUGAGAUGGUAAAUUCUGGGCCACUAGAGGUGCUGAACCUAGAGGGCAACAAUCUCAGGGGAAAAAUUUCUGAUACAUUUCUAGGCAAUUGUAGCCUACAUACCUUAACUCUUAACGGAAACCAACUUGAAGGAGGGCUACCAAAAUCUCUGGAUAAUUGCAAAUCCUUGCAAGUUUUAGACCUUGGGAAUAACCACAUCCAAGAUAUCUUUCCAUGUUACUUGAAGAACAUAUCCAGCUUGCGUGUUCUCGUUUUAAGAUCGAACAAAUUCUACGGGUCCAUUGGUUGUCCAAGCCAUAAUGCAACGUGGCCAAUGCUACAAAUUAUAGACUUGGCUUCGAACAAUUUUAGUGGCAACCUUCCGAGUAAUUCCUUGGCCGGAUGGAAGGCAAUGACAAUUGAUGAAGUUGGGGCCCAGUUAGAGCCUGAUCAACUGGGAAUUCAAGGGUAUUAUCAAGAUACGGUAACAAUUACCAUGAAAGGUCAAAAGCUGGUGCUAGAGAAGAUCCUAACUAUUUUUACCUCCAUUGAUUUUUCGUGCAACAAUUUCGAUGGGCAUAUACCUGAAGAACUGGGAGGACUCAAAUACCUACAUAUUCUCAAUUUGUCACAUAAUGCAUUCACCGGCCAAAUUCCAUCGACUCUGGCAAAACUGAGUAAUCUCGAGUCAUUAGACCUAUCAAGUAACGAGCUCACAGGAGAGAUUCCUCAACAACUUGCAGAUGGUCUGAUUUUCCUCUCUGUCAUCAACCUUUCAUUCAAUCAACUGGUGGGAAGGAUUCCACGGAUCAAGCAAUUUGCUACAUUUUCGGAAACAUCCUAUGAAGGGAAUAAAGGAUUAUGUGGCUUUCCAUUGAAAGAAAAUUGCAGUGGUGAUGGAGUGCCUCCAAUAUUUGAAGAAACUCAUUCCAACUCAGGGAUUGUGGUUGACUGGAACUACCUGAGUGCUGAAUUGGGUUUUGUUUUUGGUUUUGGGAUUGUCAUUAUGCCAUUGAUGUUUUGGAAGAGGUGGAGGUUUUGGUAUUCUAAAAAGAUUGAUGACAUUCCUUUUAAGAUCUUUCCCAAGCUGUAUCUUGGAAAAGAAUACCGUCGCAAGCCAAUGCACAGAAAUCAAGCUGGGAGGAGACAUCAAGGAUAG